AUGGGCUGCACAUUUCGCGCCCGCUUAAAUCAACUCUCUUCUAUCUGGUACACCGUCAUCGUGACUCUACUACAAGCUUACCUCCUUUAUCUCGGAUUCGAAAGAUAUCGCCUUUACAAUGAGAUUAAAUGGCCAACAGGUGGCUAUCCGCAUAACUGGCUCAAAGUUUAUAUCAUCGUUUACGCAUCUUGCAUUCCGGCGACUCUAUUGUUUUUCGCGUUCGGCUUCUUCAAAUCGGGCAACAUCGCCGGCGAUAAUGAGCAAUUGGCAAAUCGCGAGGAGCGCAUUAUGGAAGUAUCGAGGAAUCGAAACGGCGAAAAAAGCGGCUGCGUUCAUCGUCUGAAAGUGCUAUGGCAGCACCUUCCACCGCUUCCGCAAUUCCUUCAUCUCCUCACCGCCAUCAGUCAACUCGUCGCUCAGCAACUAUUGUUCUCGCAACUUUUUCGCCAUGGAUUCGUCAAUUCAGGCGAUUUUUUGAAUACCGAAAUGGAUUUUUUAUUCCACCGUGCUCGCCAACUCGCAACAAACCUUCCAAUUGGAGAGACUAGACUUCAAGGAUUCAGAAUUACUGCUGAUGAGCUUGCGGGUCUUCCAGUUAGCCCAAAUCUCCUCCCUGUUUUGAUGCAUCUCAAACUCUUUGGAAUUCCAUUAGAGUUUUUCAACUUCCUAUUGGCUCUUGUCGCAUUUGGAAUCGCUUACCCAUCGGUCUUCUGGAGAGUCUCAAAGCCAUUCAGUGUGAUCUUCAGCUUCUACAUGCUGAUUUACUCUGUGCAACUUGUUUUUGGAUAUUUGAGCUUUUCCGUUCUUUUUAGAAUUCAAGAAACCAAUAUCCACAGCAUGAGACCUGUCGGACUAGGACAAUACCUGGGACCUAUCAGAAUUUUAAACUUCCCUGUCUAUCAUCCUUUGAUGAUCUUGGGAUCAUUUUUAGCGCGAUUCGCAGUAUCCACCUUGGCUGUGACUGCCGUGUACGCGUACGGAUACAACAAAUAUCACGCAAAUAUUGGGAAUGUUCUUAAUCGGAAUGCUGCUCGUAGUUCUGCCGGACAAAGUGAUUAUGGAGAAUAUCGCAAACGAGCAAACCUUCGUGACAAGCAGAAGUUGGCGUGCGACGGGUAUCUCCCACAUAUCAAUUCAAUUUUUUUCCUUGUUCUAAUCUCUGCCUCAAUUGGACCCAUGAUCUAUGCAAUGUUGAUUCUCCAUCAGCAUGAACAGAAAGCAUUCCUUCUCACUGCCAUCAUUGUUGAUGUCCUCUUCCUAUUCUCACAGAUAUUUGUUUGGCUGGGAUUAACAUUGAAAAGGGAUUGGGACUUUCGAGUUACGCAUAAAGCCAAUCAGAUUUAUGGGCUUCAGAAAGGCAUGGCCACUGGAACAAUUUGCGGAAAUGAAAACCCGUCUCAACUGAAAAAUUCCAUUCUUCUAAUUCAUAAGGAUACGAUGUAUGUCACUGACGAUCAGAAUGCUAAACAAUCUCUUCUUCGUGCCAUCCACACGGGAAAAUUCGAGAGUCUUGUACCGCAAGAGGAUGCUUACUAUAAACCCAAUCAGAUGAGUCCUCAGUUCCGAGCCAAACAUUUGGCGGAAGCUGGAGAUGUGCAGAACAGCCCAGAAACAGCACGACUACUCCAUAUGCUCAAUGACGACUCGGUGCAAACAAUGUCAUACCACUCGAAUGUUCGAAGCACCCCGGGAAAUGGACAAUCACAAAAUUCGCAGUUGAUCAACCGUAACAAUGGAUCCCCGCCGUCAAACAAGUUUGGAACAAUUCAGAGAAAUCAGCAAUAUGGCAAUUAUUCGAUGGGAACACUUCAACGUAACCACAGCGGAACAAUUCAGCGAUCGGCAAUCAUUCACGAGCAAACGCCGACCUGGAAUCAAUAUGCAUCGAUUCAAAAGGAAAACAGUGGAAUUCAAAACAAUUCUGAGAACCAGUAUGGCAGAAUUGAUAAUGGCACAUAUGGGGGUUAUGCGAGAGUUCCACAGUCUCGUAUCCAAGUCACCCCACAAAAUGGACAAAUUCGAAUAAAUGGAUACGGAACACAAGGAACCCUACAACGCCGUGAAAUUACUCCACAACAGCAGCAGGUGCUCAACUCGGUUCGCCAAUCACCACUGCUUUCGGAAAGAUCGUCGAUGCCUGCAGCUCCACAGACAAUGAAUACUAGAGAGCAGUCGCCAUAUCAACGAUCGGCCAUCAAACUCACUUCUUUCGCAGAAGGAAAAUCGGGAAGUGGAAUCUAUGGAACGACUGGUAUCAACACUUCGAAUCAAUCAGUUCACUGGGGAAACUCGCAGCAGCGGGCUCCGCCUGGUCAGCCAAAUCAGCUCAUUUGGAGUGGAUCGCAGAAUAAGUCCUCGCUAACCGGUACAACGAACUCAUCGCAAAAUGAUGAGCAAUGCUUUACACCAACAUCCACUAUCACCAGUCAUGGAAGCAAUUAUACACCGACGCCUGGUUCGCCGCAGAAAAAUGCGAUCUACUCGCGAAUCAAUGGCUCCAACUCGUCGAAUCUUUAUGGAUCGGUUGGUGAAGAGUUUUCCGAUCGCACACUUCAGAAGAAUCCGAUCAAAUCGGCAACGGUGGCGUCAGGAACAACGUCGAUUCGGCACACUGUAAAAAUAAAUGGAGCAAGUGAGAACUCGUCCGAUUUUAGCCUUCGCUCAUCGCUUAACAACACAAUGAGAACCCUUUUGUGCAUUUUCGCUCUCGUCGCCCUCGCUUCGUGCAUCGUUUUGCCACGUCAGCAAGACAAUGCCAUGGGAUGCUUGAUGUGCGAGAUCGCCGUUAAGGCCGCUGAGAAUCCAGCCGACAGAGAUGCCAAGGCUGUUGAGAAAAAAUUCGAUGCCGCUUGCAAGAAGGAGUUCGGCAAGAUUCCAUUCGCUGACCACGCCUGCGAGAACUACGCCAACAGCAAGAUCGACCCAAUCAUCAAGGAGCUCGAAGGAGGAACCGCUCCGCAAGACGUCUGCAAGAAGCUUAAGGAGUGCUAG